AUAAAAGCAUUUAUUAUUUCACAACAUGGCAACCUUCAGUACUAAGGUUAUAAUUUUUCAUUUAACUGCGUUAAAAAUUACACUUUUAAUGAAACAUGAUCGAAAUUAAAGCGAAAUUAGUGCGAGCGGACGCAGCUAUAUAUGCUACUGGCGAACGUGUAGAAUGUCUAAUAGAAUUCAUCCACAAAGUUGGUGAAAAUAUAGAAAAUGUUAAUAACAAUGAAAAUUUAGCUUGGGCGUCUGCUCAAUUGCACUGUUAUCGGAAAACAAGUUUUAGUGUAAAUUCACAAGGUAAAUCAUUGGAUCUGAGUGAGAUGAUUGGAAAAACUGCUUUGGAUGCGGUUACGCAAGCACCUGGAGAUAUCAUUAUAACAACAAAACCUAAAAUAUUGUUCUGUGAUUUGAAAUUGAAAGUCAACGAAUCUAAGAUUUAUUUUUUCAAUGAAUUUGUUCCACGCAACGGACCACCUACUUAUAAAGGUCACGACAUUAAGUAUUUUUAUAGGCUAACAAUUGCCACACAGAGGGUUAAAUCUAAGGUGCAAACUUUAGCCGUGCCAAUAAGAGUGCUUCCUAUACCUCCUAUUGCCAGGCCCGACGAACUUCCUAUUACUGAAGAAACAAAUGACGAAUUAGCUCCUACCAAUCCGUUCUUAGAGAAAAGAGAAGUGUCAGAACUACAGACAUCUUGGCAUCAUCUAAAGAAUGUUAUAGCACGGAGAGCCCCAAAGUUUUACAGAAUUUCUAAUAAACGCGGUUUCGUGGGGCGGUUUUGUUUGUUUAAGCCUGCUUAUAAAUUGGGCGAGGAUAUAGUGGGCAGCUUAGACUUUGCGAACUGUAACGUUCGUUGUGUACAAUUCUCAGUAAAACUACAAAUUCAAGAGAUUUGCCUUCCGUGCAAUAAUACGAAAAAUUCAAAUAGCGACUGGAACGACUCUUUCUAUUUAAAUUCACUUGAUGCUGCUAGUGUCGCCAGCGAAGUUGCAGCCAACAAUCUACAUAAAUCUUCCACUUCAGGCAAUAAUAACAAUAAUAAGGAAGAUUUGUGUGGAGAACAAGUUGGUGAAGUUACAACGCAAGUUACGAGCCAUCAAGUUUGCUAUGCAAUGCUGCAAACGCAAGUUGUAGUUCCAAUUCCACUUCAUGUUACACCAUCUUUUCGCACAGACCUUGUAGAUGUUAGAUGGCGCCUGCAUUUUGAAUUUGUCACCAGUACUAUGAUGAAUUUUGGUAAAGAAAAUCCUGUUGAAGGCGAACUCCAAUCACCUCCCAAAAUCCCUGUUGAAACUAUGAUGUGGAAUUUACCGAUUUCAAUAUACUCAGCAAAUCCGCUGCAAAUAUAUUCUCCUUCACAAGCGCAUAGCUUGUUAAUCAAAUAACAAUAAAAUUAAAUACUUGUUUGAAACUUUAAUCUCGUUUCAAUCAGUAGUACGUAAUAAAUAUAUACAAAUUAAUGAGAAUA